ACACACAAUCACAUCGAGACACACAGUAAUACACGUAAUACAUGUGUACACAGACAGAGAGGGGGAGACAACUACAGUCAUAAGUACACAUCGUUAUAUAUAACGACGGAAAUACAUGCACACUAACAUACUUAAACACACACUGGUAGAAAGGGGGAGACAACCACAGUCACGGCACAACCUCUGUAACAACGAAAACGCGCACACAUGAAUUAACAUAGGAACGCACUCAUACACAGACAGGAAGAGAGAAAGGUAGAGAGUAUAAGCGAGAGAGGGAGAGAGAGGGAAACAUGCUCAAUCGUACAACUUUAUAACGUACAUACACUUUUACAGUAAAAGAACUAUAUAACAAAAACAACACACAAAUACUCCAUUUACUCUCACACACACAUACACAGCGAGAGAGUGACGUCAUUGCAAGUAAAGCCGCCGAGUAAGUAGCAGGAAGGAAAGGAAAGGAAAGCCAGUGUAAUGGCGGCGGUCAUGGUAAGAUGAUUGAAGACGGCCCCGGAUCACAACACGGAGGAGGCAGUAGUAGUAGUAUUGGUGGUGGUGGUGGUGGCCAGGUAGUAGGAGGUGGUAGUAUCAGCAGCAGCAACAACAACAACAACAACGGCGCUAGUCCAGUCAUCUUUUCCGCCGUCAACAACAGUAAUAGUGUUGGUAGUAGUUGUGGUGGUUGUAGUGGUGUUGUUGGUGGACUUGGUGCUGCUGGAAUGGUUACCAAACAACAAGCCGAUGAAUCGAGCCAAAGGCCUCAGUAUUCUAUGCCGGGAAUUUUACAUUUCUUACAAACGGAAUGGGCAAGAUUCGAGAUGGAACGGUCGCAAUGGGAGGUGGAGAGAGCAGAACUUCAAGCCCGGAUAGCAUUUUUACAAGGGGAACGAAAAGGUCAAGAAAAUUUGAAACAAGACUUAGUACGAAGAAUAAAAAUGUUAGAAUUUGCAUUGAAGUCAGAAAGGGCCAAAUACCAUAAAUUAAAGUAUGGAACUGAUCUCAACCAAGAUGAACUAAAACCACCAGCAUUUGAUAAGAAAAAUGAAGAUGAUCAGUUAGGUGACGGUGAAUCUCUCACUUCCAAUAACACAGCUUGGCGACAAGGCAGACAACUUCUACGACAAUACUUACAUGAGAUUGGUUACACCGAUACCAUAAUUGACGUCAGGUCAGCAAAGGUGCGCUCCUUACUGGGACUUCAACCUCACAACUCCGAAACUGAUUGUACCCAAGCAGCACUGAUCAAUGGAGAACAACCAAAUAAACCAAGACCUGUUGAUGAAGAACCCCAGACAAAAAGGCCACCAUCCAAAGUAAGGUCAUCUGCCUCCCUUGUAGAGAAUUCACUUUUAGAAAGUGAAGUGUCUGUGUUAGCCACACUUGACUUCCUGUCUACAGAUAAUGUUGUGGAAAUUGAAGACGACAAUUUAAGUGAUGAGAAUGAAGAUGGCAUUUCUGCUGAUGAUGAAUCUGAAGAAAGAGCAGAAAAACAGAGGAAGUUUAAGAGCAUUGGAAAUGAGAGCAUGGCUGGCAUGGAAGAUGUAUUAGCAAACCCAGAAACUGAAGAAGCACUUGCAGAGUUUGAUUUUUUAGUGUCUGAGAGCGGUGAAGGUGCUGGCGAAGCUCGCAGCCAAGGAGAUGGCACAGAAUGGGAGAAGAAAGACCUGUCACCUACGGAGGAUUGGGCCGUCGAUCAGCAGCUUAUAUCCAAGUUGAAGGAGCAGUAUAAGAAAGAGUGCAAGGGCAAAAAGGGAAGUCAAAGUCCGAAACGCGGCACACUGAAGGCUAUGAUGUCAGCAUAUAACAGUUGUGAAGCAAUGCUCGAAAAUUUGAGCAGUGGUAGCAGUAGUGAUGGUGAUAGCAUGGACGAUGGUGGCGAGGAUGACAGUGGUGUCGGCAUUGGCGGUGCCGUUGCUGGUGGAUACAGCAGCUUCACUUCUAUUGCCAGUGACAAAGCCAUUGUUUUCACUCUGUCGUCUUCCGCCGGCUCUGCUUCUCCGAAGGGUUACAGGUCGCCACCUUCUUCUUCUGCUUCCUCCUCUUCCUCCUCCUCUUCUUACCGGACCCCACCUUUGGGUAGUCACUUGCCCGAACACUUUGAUGACAAUGGUGUUCAAGGAAGUGGCUCCAUAUCUUUUCCAGCACCUUCCAAAAGACCCAUGAUUGGAGUUCCAGGAGCAGAGAAUGAAGCCCUUGAGGCAGCACUAGGCCUUGGAGAGUUAGCAGGACUAACGGUAGCCAACGAAGCAGACCCACAAGCUUAUGAUAUAUCAGCUCCGAAAGAGGUUUUUCGAAAAACCUGGAAUGCCAAAUAUACAUUGCGAAGCCAUUUUGAUGGAGUUAGGUCAUUAGCAUUCCAUCCCAUAGACCCUGUAUUAAUAACAGCAUCAGAGGAUCACACUUUGAAAUUAUGGAAUCUUCAGAAAACAGUUCCAGCCAAAAAGACCGCUUCAGUGGAUGUUGAACCAGUGUAUACAUUUCGAGCCCAUGAAGGUCCUGUGUUAUGCCUUGCUGUUAGCCCUACUGGAGAACAAUGUUACAGUGGUGGUGUGGAUAACACUAUCCGCUGUUGGAAUAUCCCAAUCUCUAGUAUUGACCCCUAUGAUUCUUUUGAUUGCUCAGUUCUGCAAGAAACUUUAGUUGGUCACACAGAUGCUGUAUGGGGCUUGUCAAUACACAGUUCCAGGUCACAGCUGUUGUCUUGCUCUGCAGAUGGCUCAGUUAGAUUGUGGAGCCCUGGCAGUAAAGACCCUUUACUGUCAGUGUUUAAAGUUGACACCGAUGAUGGGGUUCCUACAUCUGUUGACUAUGUAUGCUGUGAUCCAAGUCAAAUGGUCACCUCCUAUACAUCAUCUCAUACAUACAUUUUUGAUAUAGAGACAAAGAAACAAAUUCUAAAACUUGACACUAAGCAAAAUUCAGAUCCUAGUUUAAACAAUCAGAUCAACAGAGUUAUCAACCAUCCUACAUUACCUGUAACUAUUACUGCUCAUGAAGAUAGGCAUAUUAGGUUUUUUGACAACCACACAGGAAAAAUGGUUCAUUCGAUGGUUGCCCAUUUAGAUCCCGUGACUAGCCUGGCUGUUGACCCCAGUGGCUUGUAUCUCUUAUCAGGGAGUCACGACUGUUCGAUCCGACUGUGGAAUUUAGAUAGUAAAACUUGUGUGCAGGAGAUCACGUCUCAUCGUAAGAAGUUUGACGAGUCGAUACAUGAUGUAGCCUUUCACCCCUCUAAACCUUACAUUGCUAGUGCCGGCGCAGAUGCUGUUGCCAAGGUGUUUGUAUGAGAUGUGGUGUAGGGGGAGGGACGAAUGGACGGUGUGGUUGGUGGCAAGGGGUGCGGGUAGGUGGUGGGGUGGGUGUGGGCACGGGGAGUUCACUUUCAUUCUUCUUCUUCUUCUUCUUCCUCCUUCGUCUUCUUCCGUCUUCUUCCUCCUUCGUCUUCUUCUUUUUCCAGCAUCUUCAUCUUCCUCUUCAUCAUCUCGCACGUGGGAUAUUCCAUUUGCAGCGGGGGGUGGGGCAGUGUUCUCGGUGUUGACAGAGGGAGUGGAGGAGCUCUGGAGUGGGAGGGAGGGGGUGUUUGUUGCAUUACAGAGCGUGGUGGGAAUGCUGACGGAGGGAGAGUGGUGGUCGUAAUGUUAGUGGUGAUGAUGAUGAUGAAGAUAAUAGCAUUGGUGUUGAUAAUGGUAAGGUGCACUGGCACCAGUUAAUCUCUCUGUCUC